GUCGCCGCCAGCCCCACUCCUUCUCUUACCUCCACCCUGAGAGCUCUUCCUUUCCCCGUCUCGCUCUGACACCUUCUCCAGAGCCAUGGCCAAUGACCAGCAGCGUCUUCUGUACCUGUUUGAACUUCCGCAGGAGGAUAUUCAGAUGCCCAGGGGAGGGGGCUCUGUCCUCUUCAAGCUCGAGAACGACGAGAUGCCUCCUUCCGUGGCCACGAGGGUAGGAGUGUCCCCCUCUGUCAACCUGCCAGUGCCAGAACGAAAUGACGUGACACUGCAGGCUCUCGGCACUGCCACCUCGAUCCCCAAAGGAUCUGCCUUCUCCUUCUUCCUCGCGUCUCACCGUAAAGCCGCUAAGGAUUUGUGCGACUUCUUCAUGCAGACGAGCGGGGCAGAAGACCUAAGGCAGGUUGCAGCGCGCGUGCAUGGCAAAGUGAACGAGACCCUGUUUAUCUAUGCAAUUUCGUUCGUCAUCCUGAGAAAGAAGGAGCUCAGAUCUGUCCGCCUUCCGACCAUGGUGGAGGUCUUCCCUUCCCGCUUCGUUCCCCAGGAGGCGCUGUCGAAGGCACAGCUGGAGAUAAACAGAAUGGAUCCUAAUCAGACUGAACCCGUGAUCAUAGAACACGGACUGGAGUUCUCUGGCACUCAUCUCAAGCCAGAACACAGGCUCUCUUACUGGCGAGAGGACUAUGGCAUCAACGUCCACCACUGGCACUGGCACUUGAUCUACCCGCCUGGCAUGGGUUUUGACCGUGACAGGAAGGGGGAAUUGUUUUACUACAUGCACCAGCAAAUCAUCGCCAGAUACGACAUCGAGCGUCUCUGCCUUGGUCUCCCGAGGGUGAAGAAGCUAGACAACUGGCGCAUUCCCAUCGAGGAUGGUUACUUCCCCAAAAUGAUGAUCAGCACCUCAGGCAAGCAAUGGGGGUCGCGCCAGGACAACACGCUCCCAAAGGACCUCCGGCGCAGAGAAUUGGGAGAAUUUGUCGACAUCACUGACAUGGAAAUAUGGCGAUCUCGACUCCUGGAUGCCAUACAUCAGGGCUUCAUGAUUGAUCACAACGGCGACAAAGUUCGUAUUCGCGAUGACGUCACUUCUGGCAAGAGAGGGAUCGAAAUCUUGUCCGAAGCUCUUGAGGCCGACGCCAAACUCAGCGUCAACUUCCCUUAUUACGGCGACCUGCACAACAGAGGCCACGACAUCCUGGCCUUCUCGCACGAUCCUGACAACGCUCACAAGGAGGAGAUGGGCGUCGUCGGGGACUUGGGCACGUCCCUGAGAGACCCUGUGUUCUUCCGCCUGCACAAGCUCGUGGAUGACUUGUUCCAGGAGUACAAGGAAGCACAGCAACCGUACACGGAAUCUGAGCUGUUCCUGCCCGGCGUGAGGAUCGAGCAGGCUGGGGUGGUGCGAGGUAACGAGGCCGACGUCCUCCUCACCGGCUGGAACAAGAGGGAGUUCGAAGCCAGCCGCGGCCUCGACUUCAACGGCAAAUCCGUGAUUCUGCGCCUCACGCAUCUCGACCACAAGCCCUUCGAGUACCAUAUGCAGGUCGAUGGUCGUUUAUGUAUUUAGUUAUUUAUUUUAGUAUUCUCUUCCUUCCUCCUCUAUUCUUCUCCUUCUCUUUC